AUGACAUCCUCUACCACCGAUAAAACCCAGCCCUACUUUCCGCGCGCCGGCGUUGCCACCGACGGCUGGUCAAACGACGACAAGGCGACCGCAACCUGCUUCUGCGGCGCCGUGCAGCUCGCAUUUCCCAUUUCCGGUCCAGGCUUGGUGAACAGCUUCCUCUGCCACUGCCCUGACUGCCGGAAGACUACCGCGUCCAUGUUCGGAUCGAUCUUCACGGUCGAUGAUGCGUACCUGAAGCACCUCCGCGGGCGAGAAAAUCUCUCGAGCUGGAGCCAGAGCGCGACCACCAAGCGCGGGGUGAAGAUGACAAACUUCUUCUGCAAGACGUGCGGCACGCUCAUGUACCGCGUUGGUGAGGCCUUCCCGGGAAAGAGCAUGCUCACGAUCGGCACUGUGGACGAUUUCUCGCUACACGAGACCGUGCUGAGGCCGAGGUGGGAGAUGUUCGUCAAGUAUAGGGUGGGGUGGAUCACGAGCUGCGUGGACGGAGCUGCUCAGUGUGAUACGAUGCCGGGAGUGUAG